GGAGCCCCACACGCCGAACACCAAAAAACUCAACUCUGCAGCCGGCGCUUUCCUUGGCAUCUGGAGGAGGCUAUUGAUAUUAGUAUACACGGAGUCCAUAUCUAUAUAUAUAAUCUAAUCUCGACCCAUUCCUCGACAUGGGCCCCUCCCGACAAGGCCCCUCGAAAAAGUCCGCCAAGGCCACCCAGGGUCGCGGCGGCAGCAAAAACGAACCCAAGAAACGCACAACUACUCAGGGCAAGCACCGGCCGCAAGAUGCAGACUCGGCCGGAAAUCAGAUCGAUAUCUCCACGACCAUUCCCUUGACCCUCCAGCAACUGCUUCUGAACAUCUUCAAAGCGGCCUUACUCACGCAUCGAGUGCCUAGCAGUAGCAGCCGUCCGAUUGAGAAUGGCGACGAGGGUCAUGCAGGCGCCGCUGUCGCCCAGACUCCCGAGGCAGUAGCAGCUGAGCAACCGCAGCAACCGCAGCAGCAGCAGCAGCAGCAACCUCCUCAACUAGACAUCAAAGGUCUCAUCCAGACCAUCAAGUCCCAUCUGUACAACCGGGACUUCGACUCGGCGUUUACGGAUGCGGAUGAGGAGCUCCUGCGCGCGUAUGCCCUGCGCUGGAGCUCUUCGCGCGCCUUGGGCUAUGCGGGGAUCUUUCGGGCUUUGUUGGCGGUGUUGUUGAAGAGGGAGGGGCAGGGUGGUGCUCCUGGUGCUGGUGCUGCUGCUACCAAUUCAGCGGGUGAAGGUGAUGAUGAUGAGGCAGAGGAGGAGGGGGUGAGUGGCCAUGUGGUUUGUAUUGGGGGUGGUGCGGGCGCUGAGAUCGUUGCUCUUGCGGCUGCUUGGAGGGAUUGGACGGAUGCUGUUGCUGGUGGGGAGCAAGCAGCUCCACGAACACUCGCUGCUGCAGCGGGCGAUCUCUCUUUGCACGAGACGAAUGACCCAGACGCUAGUCACACGGUCGAGGAAGCCUCGACACCCACUGCACGAUCGGGGAAACCACAACGCCACCGACUCUCCGUCACGGCCAUCGAUAUCGCCGACUGGUCGCCCAUCGUCGACCGCCUGGUGUCCACCAUCCGGUCGCCCGCCGUCGCGGGGUCGGACGCGCAUCCGGCGCCGUUGUAUCGCGACGCGGGGCUCCGCAUGAGCCGCCCGGACGCGCAGCCCGAUCCUAACAGUGCCCCGGCCGCGAGCAGCAGCUUCCAGGUGGGCUUCCAGAAGCUGGAUGUCCUCUCCGCCUCGGAGGAGGCGCUGCGGAGCCUGGUCCGCCCGCCGCGCGAGCACGACACCAGCACCAGCACCCCCGUCCUGGUGACGCUGAUGUUCACGCUCAAUGAGCUGUUUUCGACCUCCAUGGCCAGGGCUACGGGCUUCCUGCUGCGGUUGACCGACCUCCUGCGGCCGGGGGCGGUGCUUCUCGUGGUCGAUAGUCCCGGUAGCUAUUCUACGUUGAAGUUGGGGAAGAAUAGUGGUGGUAGCGGUGGCGGCGGUGGAGAGGGGGAGGAGUCGGCGAGGAGCAGCACGUCGGAAAGACAGUAUCCCAUGAAGUUCCUGCUGGAUCAUGCCUUGCUCUCCGUCGCUGCGGGAAAGUGGGAGCGGCUGUUCUCGCAGGACUCGCGCUGGUGGAGGCGAGAUGCGGCGCGGCUGCGGUAUGGUGUGGGCGAUGCCGCGGGCUUGGAGGAUAUGAGGUUUCAGGUUCAUAUCUAUCGUCGAUUAGCGGAUUGAGAUCUCUGUGUGGGUUUGGGUUUGCGGUAUAUAGCUUGCUGGCCGUUGGUUUCUUGCUUUCUUGUUUACGGUUUUCUUGGAUAAUAUGUGCGGAAGAAUGUUACUGUGUGCUUUGGGAGCUGCAAGGC